CGCUGGUGCGAACUUGUGGUGGUGUGACGCAAGGGAUUUUUUUUUUUUGUAGCGGGAACGGCGCAAGUCCUUGACGUUUUGGCAUGGUGGAACCCUUGGUACCAGUCCUUGGCACCAUUGGGACUAUUUGUGACUACGCCGCAUCGACGGUCCUAUUGAUUGGACCUCGGACACCUCGACGUCAAGGAUCUAUUUCGAGGAUGGCUGGAGCUAGGCGUGACCUGACGAUCCUCAGGUAUCUCCUGAUUCGAGAUACGAACGAUGCAGACCGCAUCGCCUGGGCGGAGAGGAUGUCGAUGGUGUUCGAUGGGACUCCGACUAGAUGGCUCGGCUUUGUCGGAAUCGUCAAUGACGGACGUGGGUUCCUUCCGGAAGAGCGAUCGGAGAUUCGACCGAACGUGAUUCGGCGUCCGAACGAGUUGCAGGAGCAUACAAAGUAUUUCAAUCGUGUCUUGAACAUGGAGCCUGUCUCUCAAGUCACCGCUGGAGUACUCUUCAGAAGAUCCGGAGCGUGGAUGGUGUUCCUUUGGCUUCGAGACACUUCCGCCCGACACCUUAAGCGCCUCGGUGUACCUUUCUGGUCCAUCCUGUUGAUAUUGGCGCGACGAAUGACGGAGCUCUACAACACGAACGACCUACGACUAAGAUGGGAAGGACGAGUGCGGAGGAUGACGAUUAACGAGGCGAUGACCCUUGUACUAGGAGGGACGCAGUGAGGCGAUGACCCCUAUACUAGGAGGGACGCAAGUGGUUUGGAUAACAGGGAGUCAAAGGAAAAAUAAUAGAGAAUGUCUUGGGUAUAUUGCUACAAUGC